CCUCCCCCGGGGUGGGCAGCGCAGCUCCGCCGCCGGCCCGUGCCCCGGCGAGCGCGGCGGGAGCGGGCCAUGUCGGAGGCGGAGAGCGGUGCCGCAGGUUGCAAGGUUGGUGCAAUGCAAUACUGAAAUGAAGUAACUUGUGACAUAGGGAGAAUCUGUGCAGGAGGGAUUUGGUAAGAAGACAGAAGACCAGGCCCCCUUUAGGUACUGGAAGGUGCUCUGAGGUCUCCCUGGAGCCUUCUCUCCCAGCCUGUCUCCACAGCAGAGGUGCUCCAGCCCUGUCAUCAUCUCUGUGGCCUCCUCUGGGGCUGCCCCAGCUCAUCUGUGAAACAUGAGUGCCGAAACAGAUGCAGUUUCCACAUCUGCUUACUCAUCACCAGCCAAAAGCUUGGGAGACCCUGGAAUAACUCCACUGUCUCCAUCACACAUUGUGAAGGACUCUGAUGCAGAGGAUGCUGUGGAACAGUUAUUUCUUGUUGUUGUGGCUAUUGAUUUUGGCACAACUUCCAGUGGCUACGCCUACAGCUUCACCAAGGAGCCAGAAUGUAUUCAUGUAAUGAGACGAUGGGAAGGUGGAGAUCCAGGUGUUUCCAACCAGAAGACCCCAACCACAAUCCUCCUCACACCAGAGAGAAAAUUCCAUAGCUUUGGCUAUGCAGCAAGAGACUUCUACCAUGACUUGGAUCCCACUGAAUCAAAGCACUGGUUGUAUUUUGAGAAGUUUAAGAUGAAGCUGCAUACCACUGGUAAUCUUACCAUGGAGACAGACCUGACAGCAGCAAAUGGCAAAAAAGUCAAAGCACUUGAGAUAUUUGCUUAUGCUCUGCAGUUCUUUAAGGAACAGGCAUUAAAGGAGCUCAGUGACCAAGGAGGCUCGGACUUUGAAAACACUGAAGUAAGAUGGGUGAUUACAGUGCCUGCUAUUUGGAAGCAGCCUGCAAAGCAGUUUAUGAGACAAGCUGCCUACAAGGCAGGAAUGGCUUCUCCUGAAAACCCCGAGCAGUUGAUCAUUGCCCUGGAGCCCGAGGCUGCCUCUAUCUACUGCCGAAAGCUGCGCCUACACCAGAUGAUAGACCUGAGUAGUAGGGCACCUGUCAAUGGCUACAGCCCGAGUGACACUAUUGGAACUGGAUUUACACAGGGGAAGGAGCACGUGCGCCGGAACCGGCAGAGCCGAACCUUCAUGGUGGAAAAUGUCAUAGGAGAGAUCUGGUCUGAGCUGGAGGAAGGUGAUCGGUACAUCGUGGUUGACAGCGGAGGAGGCACAGUGGACAUGACUGUCCAUCAGAUCAGGCUUCCUGAAGGACAUCUGAAGGAGCUCUACAAAGCAACAGGUGGCCCAUACGGUUCUCUGGGUGUGGACUAUGAGUUUGAGAAGCUGCUGUGUAAAAUCUUUGGGGAAGAUUUCAUUGAGCAGUUUAAGAUCAAGCGCCCCGCGGCCUGGGUGGAUCUGAUGAUCGCCUUCGAGUCCCGCAAGCGGGCGGCAGCUCCCGACAGGACCAACCCCCUGAACAUCACCCUGCCCUUCUCCUUCAUUGACUACUACAAGAAGUUCCGAGGGCACAGUGUGGAACAUGCCUUGAGGAAAAGCAAUGUGGACUUUGUGAAGUGGUCCUCCCAGGGAAUGCUGAGGAUGAGCCCAGAUGCAAUGAAUGCUCUUUUCAAACCUACGAUUGACCAGAUUGUUCAGCACCUGAGUGAGGUGUUCGAUAAGCCGGAGGUGACCAACGUGAAGUUCCUCUUCCUGGUGGGCGGCUUCGCCGAGUCCCCCUUGCUGCAGCAAGCCGUGCAGAGCGCGUUUGGCUCCCGGUGCCGGGUGAUCAUUCCCCAGGAUGUGGGGCUGACCAUCCUCAAGGGAGCUGUUCUCUUUGGCCUCGACCCUGCGGUCAUCAAGGUGCGGCGCUCCCCGCUGACCUACGGCGUGGGGGUGCUCAACCGCUUCGUGGAGGGCAAGCACCCCCCGGAGAAGCUGCUGGUCAAGGACGGCACGCGCUGGUGCACCGACGUCUUCGACAAGUUCAUCUCAGCCGACCAGUCUGUAGCCCUGGGAGAGACUGUGACCCGCAGCUACACGCCUGCCAAGCCUUCCCAGUUAGUGAUAGUGAUCAACAUCUACAGCUCGGAGCAGGACAACGUCAGCUUCAUCACCGAGCCCGGCGUGAAGAAGUGCGGCACGCUGCGCUUGGAUCUCACGGGGACUGACGCCUCCGUGCCCAACCGGCGCGAGAUCAAAACGCUGAUGCAGUUUGGGGACACUGAAAUCAAAGCCAUGGCUGUUGAUGUUGCCACCUCUAAAAGUGUCAAAGUCGGUAUUGAUUUCUUAAAUUACUGAUGGCCCUUUCCCCCGCCACAGCCUGUUUGUGAGACUGAUCUUCCACUGUUCCGUUUUCUGACUUCUGUCUGUCAUGUCAUCACCGUGAAUUUCAGCAGGCUACAUGAGAACAGCUAAGGUGGGGUGUGUUGUGUUUGUGUCCUUUGGUGACCAAGGACUGCAUUUUGAAAGACCCUUAAAAAGUUCUAGGAGCAAAAGUUCCAGAGGGAGUAAAAGUUACCGAGUUACUCAUGCAUGCUUAAAGAUCUACCUUUAUAAAAUAAACACUGAUUAUUGUUGGGUCCUGAAGGUUAGUUAAAAAAAAUACCAAGUUGUAAUCUCUUUGCCUUGUUCUUCUUCCUCUUCCUCCUGAGUAAAACUCACUAACCCACGUGGCUGUUGUAGGGGGUGUAUCUGUGUGGGAUAUCUGUUUAAACAGCACCAUCCUCUGGCAAUGGGAACAAAUUAGUAGUUUUAUUGUAUUCUUUGGAUUUUGCCCAGUGCUUUCAGAAUUUAAAGUGCUGAAAAUUAAUGACUGAAAGAAAUAGGAUCUCAAUUGCUUAAAUUCUGUGUAAAGAAAAUACCCAGAAAUUCUUAAAAUUAUAUUUAGGAAAUACAUAUGUGUUUUGGGGGCCUAAUAUUGAUUGUUCCACAUUGAAAACAAGGCCGUUGUUGUCAGAGUUCUCAGAACAAACUGUCAAAUUAAUUAGCUAGUAUUACCCUCAUUAUACUUUGGAAAAUAAUAUUAAGAACAAACCUAUUUCUCUUUUGGGUCUUCUGAGCUUAUUUUUAUUAGUCUCCAUCUGAAACCACAGAAUCACAGAGUAGUUAAGCUUGAGGGGGACAUCCAUUGACUGUCUGAUAAAACCUCUCUUUCUAAGUAGUAUCAGUCAGAAGAAGUUUCUUUUUCCAAUUUUAUGGUCUCCAAAAUGAAGAUCCCUAAACUCCAGGUAACUUAUUUGACAACCCUCACUGCAAAGGUUUUCUUUCUUACGCUUAAAAGGAAUUUAUUGCGUUUAAAUUUGUGCGUGUUGCCUCUUUCUUGCUCCUUCACUGGAGACCUCUGAGAAGUCUGGCUCCAUCCUCUUUCCUGUCUGCUCUCAGGCAUUCCUAGCAUCCCCUGAGCCUCCUUGAGUCCAGCAGCCCCAGCUCUCACAGCCUCUCCUCACAUGAAAGCUCCCCCAGUCCCUUCUGCCCUUCACGGCCCUGUGCUGCUCUCAGAGCUGUGUCUGUGUCUCUCCUGUCCUGGGAAGCCCAGAGCUGUUCCUGGCACUCAGACAUGGUCUCAGCAGGGCUGAAUCAGGGAAGGAUCCCUUUCCUGACCUGCUGGCAGUGCAGUUCCCAGUGCUGGCACUCUCUGUGGCAGGGGCACAGUGUUGGCUCACGCUCAGCCUGGCUCAGUGUCUGCCUGCCACGAUGCCAGGGCAGGUUGUGCUGCCAGGCUGCUCCCAGACAGCUCCUCCUGCUGCAUGGGCUCCUUGCUGGCCACCUUCAGCACUCUGCCCUUGCCUUUGCUGAGCCUCAUGAGCUUCCUGUCUGCAUUUCUCAACAUCCCUCUGACCCAUCUGCUUCAUCAAGCACUUCCCCAGGUGAUUGUAUUUCUUUUCCUUUUUCAUUCCUGUGUUAAGAUUUGGAAGCACAGCUAGAUGGUGGCUGUCCAGAAACAUUUAAACAAUUCUCAAGAGACAAAACAUUCAGAUCUAAAAUACCGUAAUACAUUUUUUUGUAGCAGACAUUUUAAUUCAGUAAAACAUAUUGCUGGGUUGGGUUGAGUGGCCAAUGAAGUGGAAGGCAGAAACCAAUAGAAUGAAACUAUAAAUAGCAUUAAAUAAAGCAUUCCUUACCUGGCAGUGAGCACUUGAUGCAGGAGAAAUGCACUGAUGGCCAUGGUAGCAUCUUGUUUUCCAAAUAAUAACUUAGUGCAAAUGUUUCCUUAAACAUGCUCACCUGGCAAACUUCUUUUGCAACUAGAAUAGUUUUUAUUUUGCAAAAAGGUACAGGAAGAAAACUUCUGAAACUUACAUUCUGCAUCCACCAUGAACUGACAACUUCAGAUUCAAAUCCUAAUUCCACUCCAAAUUAGCAGAGUGGUACCAACCUGUAGAAUCACCCUAAAAUGCUGACACUUCCCAGUGCAUUUAUACAGAGCUGCCUGAUUACCUGCUGGAAUUCAUUACAUUUUCAAAAUGUUGCAGUGUUAAUUAUUAAUCUAAACCUUCCUUUUUAAAAAGUUGAGCAUGAGUUAAAUCCAUUACUGACACUUUUGGGAGAUUAAAGCUUUAACAGUUAUUUCAUUAAUUUAUGUUCUAAUCCUGCACUUAAACUUUCUGUGUUUAUCCUGGAGUUUUGCCACAGAAGAGAGCUGGACAACUGAUCCACUGCAUUUUGUCAUUGAGUUUUCUGUGUCUCCUGCAGAAUUCCCUGAUUUAAUGGGAAAUGUGUUCUGCAUUCAGCUUUAAAAUAAAUAAAUAAAGGACUAUGGAGAAUGCUAGUCACAGUAUCCUGCUGGAUACUUUCUAUAAUUACAAAGUGUGCUUGCUAGCAGUCGAUUUCCUGCUGCCUGCUAAAUGCUUUAAAAGCUAAAUACUGGGAUUUUUUUUGUGUGUGCUGCUUUCCAUGGUUUACAAACAAGAGAAACUUUAAGAUGAGUUAUGAACAAUAUAAUUUUAUGUAUAUACAAUAUUUAAAUAUUGUACAGACUCUUUCUUUCUACAGUGCUAUUUUCUUGUAUAAAAAUGCACUUUGCCUCUGUUGAUUUCAUUCAGCUGUUAAUUUUAAAUAACACAGUUUCUCAAUCAGCUUCUGUAAUUAUAGGCUUUUAAAGAUGGUAAGAUAUGAAAUGUAAAAGGCCGAUCUUAUAAUAAUAGGAAAGAAAUGUUGGUGUGUCAGAGAAUACAACAUUCUUCCUGCAAUGCAAGUCAUACCAGCUAAGCACAUCACACAAAUGCAAUAGUCUGUUGCUGGGGUUUUCAUUUCUUUGUUUCAGAUGGUGACCAUUCCAUCUCCAGCAAUUCUUCAUAAUAAUGGAUGAAUCCUCCUGUAAAACCAAAAAACAGAUUGUAAAAUCUGGGUAUACAGCUUCUUCACUAGGUUUUGGGUUUUUAAUAAGGGUAUUCUCUAGUUUAAAAAACAACAACAACAACAAAUGAAAAACUACCUCCCGAAGCCAGGCAACACACUUGUAUUGUAGCUGCAGGUAAGGCACAGUCUCUGUCUACCACUUCCACCUGCCAAAAUCCAAAAUUAUUACAGAAAAAUAGGCUUUGCUGUCUUUGCAUGCUAUGUUAAGCUGAAUCUGUCCAGUUCUGCACAGAUUUGUUUUCAGUGGCCUUAACACAGGAUUUGGUUUAAUGAAUGGCUGUCACCCCUGUCCCCCAGUGAAGAGGAGGUGAUCUGCAGGGUCAGGUGGCCCGUGGGCUUUGUGCUGUUUCCAGCCUGUCUGCAGGGAAGGCCACAGGUGGAUUCUGCAGCUCUUCUGAAGCACAGCUCCCUGCCCAGCAGAUUCUCUGCCCUUUCUGGUUCACCUUUUGUAAGAUCCCUUCUGGAUCCAAGCAGGGGCUCAUUGCUGAAAUCCCUGUAAAACGUGGUUUGCAUAUUUUUGCACUUCCUCCUUCAGUCUGGUGAGAACACUAUCAAGCUUAUGUUUGCAGAGCACUGAACUACUGAACAAACUCCCAGCUGUCCUUGUUGCCCUCUUUCAGAAUGGAAAAUUAGCUUGUCUCUCUAAGGAAUUAGAAUUGUUAAGUAGAAUAUUAUGCUGUGGUCUGUAGACAAUAACCCAAUUAAACAACUUUACAUUUUAAGAGGCAUGUGGAUGCCCAUUUCGAUAAAGUAUGUUAGGUUGUAAAAUUUAUAUGAAAUUUACUAGGAAAUGAGGCAUUUUUAGAAUUGUAAUUGUGACACUUUUGCAGGACCUUCCCCUGCAGAGCAUUUUUUUGGUAGGGGUUUCAGAUGACAUUGUGCAAUUUAGUGUUGGAAAGACAACAAGGCCAGCUAUCCAUAGGGAAAGCAGAAGGUCUUGGCAGGAGUUUUGCUCUAAGCAAUUUGCAAGUUUGGGUCCAAGUUACUGAACUCUAGGCUGAAGUUUAGCAGCUAAUUGUGAUGGAAUGGUUAAUUGUGCUAGAAUAUGAUAAAUGUGCAGUGGUGGUUAGGACAGUUUUCAGUGGUAUGAGUAUACCAGUAUUCAUAUACAGGAGUUUUAAUGCAUUAUUAUGAGAAGGCUAAUUAUAUAUUGCAGAGAUUUAAUAGCCAAGAUAAGCUGCAUAUUUAUGAUAUGAAGUGGCUUAAGCGGAUGAAUAGUAUAAAAGUUGUUGGGCAUAAUGUCACAGUACUCACCUGCUUGAAAUAGUCUUAAACUAUAUUAUAAAACCAACCAUUGUGGUCUUGUUCACCUCUGUGCAAGAUAAAUUCAGAUUUCACUGAUACUUGGAGCUGUUCACAACUUGUCUGGAUUGUAUCUUGAGUGUUCUUGUGUCUUCAAUCAUGUCAAAUAAAAUACCUUAAAACUAA